AUGGUGCUCGCUGCACCGAUAUCCGGUAGCCUGUGGCUAUUGUACACCAUUUGGACUUUCCUUUUGCCGCUCAGUAAUGCGAUUCAGCAGCAACAGCAGCUGCUGCGGACCGCUAUAGAUGCCGCCCCAAAGCGGGUGGCUGUCAUCGGAGCUGGGGCUGGAGGCUCUUUUGCUGCAUACGAGCUGCGCAAGCUUGCGGAUGAGGCUAGGAUUCCCCUCAAUGUCACGGUCUUCGAACGAGCCUCGUAUAUCGGCGGACGCUCAACGACCGUGAAUGUAUUUGACCACCCGGCAUAUCCAAUUGAACUGGGUGCCUCGAUCUUUGUCCAGGUCAAUCAUAACUUGGUCAAUGCAUCGCGCGACCUGGGCCUCACUGUUCGCACUGCAGACCACGGACGGCCCAGGGAAACCGAGGAAUCUAUCGGUAUUUGGGAUGGCACGCAGUUUGUGUUUACCAUCAAAAAUUCUUACAGUUGGUGGAAUAUUGCCCGACUUUUCUGGCGAUAUGGGAUGGCCCCGCUGCGGACCCAAAAUCUGAUGAAGAGCGUCGUUGGCAAGUUCCUGCGUCUAUACGAGGCGCCCGUCUUCCCGUUCCAGUCGCUGUCAGAGGCCGCAGCCGCAGUAGAACUACUCAACGUCACCUCAUCCACCGGCAGUGAAUUCCUCAGUGCAAACCAGAUUUCCUCUCUGUUUUCGAGAGAGAUUAUCCAAGCAAGCACGCGGGUCAACUAUGGCCAGAACUUGCCAUUGAUCCACGGGCUGGAGUCGAUGGUCUGCAUGGCUACAGAUGGUGCUGUUUCCAUCGAAGGCGGAAACUGGCAGAUCUUUGAUGGCGCCAUCAAGGCCGCCAACGCCGGUGUCAAGCUGGAUACUACUGUCACCGAAGUUAUGCGGAAUGACGAUGGUACUGUGCGUAUCACAUCACAUCCGAGUGAUGAGCUAGACUCUCCGCAGUCUCUGGAGGAGACUCAAUUUGACGAGGUCAUCAUUGCCGGGCCACUGCAGUACUCUGGCAUAGCUAUCUCUCCUCCAUUGGAGCACAUCCCGGACGAAAUCCCAUUUGUGAAGUUGCACGUCACCCUAUUCGCUUCGGCUCAUCGGCUCUCACCCAAGUAUUUUGGACUCCAUGGGAAGAACGAUCAAGCACCAGAAACCAUUCUCACUACUCUUCCCGACGGCCUCGAUCUAGGCCAGAAUCCAAACGGGGUCGGGCCCGCUGAGUUUUGGAGCAUUAGUACACUCCAAACAGUGGAAUAUUCAGCUCCGAAGAAUGGCAAGGAGCAGCAAGAGGUACACUAUGUGUACAAGAUCUUCUCACCUGAACAGCCCACGGCUGAAUUCAUUGCGGACAUUCUUGACAUUGAUUACUCCAAGGGCACCGGCUCGGUUGUUACCCCGCAGGCCAACACGACUAUUGGCGAUCUGCCGAAGACUGAGAUCAGCUGGUUCCAUGAGAAGCUUUGGCACCCGUAUCCACUCCUGUACCCACGAGUGACAUUUGAAGAGACCGUUCUUGCUCCGGGUAUCUGGUACACCAGUGGAAUCGAGAGCUUCAUUUCAACAAUGGAGACCAGCGCACUGAUGGGUCGGAAUGUGGCUGCGCUCAUGGUGCAGUCUUGGGAGAAAGAGCAGAUCAAGAGUGGCGCUGCACCUUUGAACGCGAAAACCGAGCUCUGA